AUGAAUAAUAAUAAUAAUAAUAAUAGUAAUAGUGAUAAAGUAAAAAGUAUUAAUGAAAGUAAGAGUUCAACAACGAAAGAUGAAGUUCUCGAGAACCAACCCACAACGAAAUAUUUACAUAUGCCAGAGAUCAAAGAUGAUUACGAUAGAGCAAAGUAUUCGUUGAUUCUUGACUUUCCAUCGUGUUUUCAAACUAUCAAUAGUGCAAUAGAAUGUGAUAAGAGACAGGGUAAACCACCUGGCAUUAUUACAAAGAAAUGUCAAGAUGUACACGCUCAUAUGAAUUUUUGUCUGCUUUCUACAUUCUGUCCUGAUGAGUCGAGAGCACUAAUGGAGUGUACUCAAGGUAAAAUACCUCAAGAUGGUGUUGCAAUCCCAAAGAAGUGUCAAAUGGCUUGGAAUCUAUUCGAUGAGUGUCUAAUAAAUAGAACUUUACUCUUUGAAGAAGAGCAAAAGAUUGCUGCUAUGAACAAUAACAAUAACAAUAAUAUUAAUAGUUUAACUAAAUCAAAUCAAUAA